AUGACCACCACUGCUAAACCUUCUAGUAAUAUUUUGAAUUGGGCUUCUAAAGAUGGAGAGUUUCGAAGAAAUCCCUCUGUUUUUCGUAAUACGAUUAGCAAAGAUCCGGAUGCAAUUUUUACUCCUGAAAAGGAUCGUUAUCAUUUGUAUAUUAGUUGGGCUUGUCCAUGGGCCCAUAGGACUGUCAUCAUACGAGCAUUGAAAGGGCUUGAAGACGUUAUUGGAUUGAGCGUUGUUGAUUACUUUUUGGGUGAGAAAGGAUGGAAAUUUAGUACUCCCGAGGAAACUCCUGGAUGUAUUCCAGACACUGUAAAUAAUGCUCAGUAUCUUAGAGAAUUAUAUUUCAAAGCUAAUCCUGAUUAUGAUGGAAGAUUCACUGUGCCUGUCCUUUGGGAUAAAAAAUUGCAAACAAUUGUCAACAAUGAAUCGAGCGAAAUAAUCCGUAUUUUCAACAAUGCGUUCGAUGAUUUCGUUCCAGAAACGAGGGGCAAAACUUUUUAUCCAGAACAUCUUGCAAACGAAAUUGAUAAAAUCAAUGAUUGGAUUUAUAACAAAAUUAACAAUGGUGUUUAUAAAUGUGGUUUUGCUACAUCUCAAGAUGCUUAUAUGAACCAUAUUGGACCUCUGUUCGGAGCUCUGGAUGAUGUGGAAGCUAUUCUUUCUAAAAACGAAUUCCUUGUCGGAAAUACUUUAACUGAAGCUGAUAUCAGACUUUGGACCACAAUUGUUAGGUGUUGUAUAUUUUAA